UGUGAGGAAGGCGACCAGUCAGGAUCUGGCUAACAUCACUGGGGCCUGAUCGCCUUGCCUGAAGAGCGGAGCCUUCCCCGGCUGAGGGCUGAGAGUGUCCUCCAUGUUUUAUAAGUGUUGACAUAACAUUGUGUCAGGCAGCCAUGCAUCCACAGAGUCUGGCUGAGGAGGAGAUAAAGGCAGAGUCUGAUGUGGUAGAGGGGAUGGAUGCUUCUGUGCGAUCCAAAGUUCCUGAUCCACCAGGGUCAGCAGAACGAACAGCAGCGCCACAGAAGCGAAAGAUGUCGAGUCCCACACAUUCCUCCAAUGGCCACUCUCCUUCAGAUACCUCCCCCAGCCCUGUCAAGAAAAAGAAAAAGCCAGGGGCCAUGAACAGUAACAACAAAGACCAGUCAGAGCUAAGACAUGGUCCCUUUUACUAUAUGAAGCAGCCAGCACUCACCACAGACCCUGUUGAUGUUGUACCGCAGGACGGCAGGAACGACUUCUACUGCUGGCUGUGCCACCGCGAGGGCCAGGUGCUCUGCUGUGAGCUCUGCCCCAGGGUGUACCACGCCAAGUGCCUCAAACUACCAGCCGAGCCCGAGGGCGACUGGUUCUGUCCAGAGUGUGAGAAAAUAACAGUUGCUGAAUGCAUUGAAACCCAGAGCAAGGCAAUGACAAUGCUAACAAUAGAUCAGCUCUCAUACCUGCUGAAAUUUGCACUUCAGAAGAUCAAACAGCCUGGGACGGAGCCUUUUCAGAAGCCCGUGUCUUUGGAACAGCACCCGGAUUAUGCAGAGUACAUCUUUCACCCUAUGGACUUGAGUACUAUAGAGAAGAAUGUCAAAAAGAAAAUGUAUGGCUGCACUGAGGCAUUUCUUGCUGAUAUAAAAUGGAUCUUACACAACUGCAUCAUCUAUAACGGAGGUAAUCACAAACUAACAGCAACUGCAAAAGUCAUUGUCAAGAUCUGUGAACACGAGAUGAAUGAGAUCGAGGUGUGUCCUGAGUGCUACCUGUCUUCAUGCCAAAAACGAGACAACUGGUUUUGUGAGCCAUGCAGUCAACCCCACCCGCUGGUCUGGGCUAAGCUAAAGGGGUUUCCCUUUUGGCCAGCAAAAGCACUUCGAGAAAAGGACGGACAAGUAGACGCACGCUUCUUUGGGCAACAUGACAGGGCCUGGGUUCCCAUUAACAACUGCUACCUGAUGUCCAAAGAGAUCCCUUUCUCUGUAAAGAAAACGAAGAGCAUUUUUAACAGUGCCAUGCAAGAGAUGGAAGUCUACGUAGAAAACAUACGCAAGAAAUUUGGAGUCUUUAACUACGCACCGUUUCGCACGCCCUACACCCCCAACAACCAGCUACAGAUGCUGCUGGACCCCUCCAAUCCCAGUGGUGGGCCUGUGAAAACAGAGAAACCAGAUAAACUUCGCUUUAACUUUGAUAUAAACUCAUCUCCUAAGUUGAUCCUGAGCAAGACGUCAACACCCAGCGCUAUGAGUCGGCGGGCCUCAAUGACGGACAUGCCCCGGUCUCCCAUGAGCACCAACUCCUCGGUUCACACAGGGUCUGAUGGAGAGCAAGACACGGAGAAGACCAACAGGAAUCCUGCUUUACACUACAGCACAGGGGAGGAGUCGAUGGACUGCACUGCAUCUCCUGUCUCAGGGAAGUUGGGACCAGCUAGCAGUGUGACAGGCAGUCCAAAGCCCUUUAACUCUGGACUGGUUCCCAAGCAGGAACGGACUGCAGGGACAGGAGGCAUUCUUAACCUCAACCUUGAUCGAGUGAAGGCUGAAAUGGAUCUGAAGGAGCUAAGUGAGACUGUGCUACAACAACAACAGCAGCAGCAGCAGCAGCAAACAGCAUCAACAACUGUUGCUACUCUGAAAAGACCCAUCCGGAGUCUGGACAAAACAAUCGAAAGCUGCAAGGCCCAGCUCGGAAUUGAUGAGAUCUCUGAAGAUGUGUAUAAAGAUGUGGACCACAGUGACUCUGAAGACUCUGAGAAAUCAGACUCAAGUGACAGUGAAUAUCUCAGUGAUGAAGAUCACAAGCCAAAGAGCAUUGCACCAGAGGAAAAGAGCAAAGUGGAAAGAAAGAAGUCCAAGGGAAGCACGGAGGGAGAGAUUAAGGAGGGAGUUGCAGGGACCGGGGAUAAAGCCACCUCUGAACCUUUGCUCAAAGAGAAGCAGGGCAGCAGUGGUCCAGAUAAGGAUUUGCAAGAAAAGCCCAAGACGCCCCAGUCUCAGCCCCUCACUGAAAAGCCUAAACUUUCAGAGGAGGGCAAAGCAGCAGCAUCAGUGGCUGAGCAGGACUCGGACUCAGAAAGGGAGCUUGUCAUUGACCUGGGAGACGAACAUGGAGGCCGCGAAUCAAAGAGGCCGAGAAGAGAGCAGGGCUCCUCUGCUGCCAAAACUCUCAAAGAGUCUAGUGCUGCCAAGCUGGAAGGUAAACAGCCUUCUGCAGCAUCAGGUGCCUCAGCACGAGAAACUGCCUCCAACCUCAAAGACUCCUCGCAGCCUUCUAUCACAGGAGCACUUAACCUAGUUUCUAGUGCGUCCUCCGGUCAGCCCAGUGUCGCCACAACUACCAGUGGAUCUACCAGUUCCUCUUCACCUGUCUCCACGACGUCCCCAGCACCGACAGCUGUAAAGAAACAGCGCCCACUGCUGCCUAAAGAGACUGCUCAGGCUGUGCAGCGGGCUGUCGUUUGGAGUCCAACCAAGUUUCAGACAUCGUCCCAGAAGUGGCACAUGCAGAAGGUUCAGAGGCAGCAGCAGCAGGGAGAGCAGCCGCCAGCUGUGCAGACGCAGGCCCAGAGUCCGGUGCAGACACGCAGUCCGCAGCAGCCGCAGUCACAGCAGAACUCGUCCUCCAGCACUCGAUAUCAGACCAGACAAGCAGUCAAAGUCCAACAGAAAGACUCACCUCAGAGUGCGUCCUCAUCAGCAGCUGGACAGCUCACAUCUGCAAGCUCCUCUUUUGUGUCGGGGGACCUUCAGAUCCCUACAGUCUCAGCAGAUGUAGCAGCAGAUAUUGCCAAAUAUACAAACAAAAUCAUGGACACAAUAAAAGGGACAAUGACUGAAAUCUACAAUGAUCUUUCUAAAAGCACAUCUGGAAACACAAUUGCAGAGAUUCGAAGGCUGAGGAUAGAGAUUGAAAAGCUCCAGUGGCUGCAUCAACAAGAGUUGUCUGAGAUGAAGCACAACUUGGAGUUAACAAUGGCAGAAAUGAGACAGAGUCUGGAGCAGGAAAAAGAACGCUUGGUGGCUGAGAUGAAAAAGCAGAUGGAGUUGGAAAAGCAGCAGGCGGUGGACGAGACCAAAAAGAAGCAGUGGUGUGCAAACUGCAGGAAGGAGGCCAUCUUUUACUGCUGCUGGAAUACGAGUUACUGUGAUUACCCCUGCCAGCAAGCCCACUGGCCUGAACACAUGAAGUCCUGCACACAGUCAGCCACAGCGUCGCAGCAGGAAGCAGAGACGGAGCCCAACUCGGACCCUUCGGUCAAACCAUCAGGCCACUCUCCUGCCACACAGUCACUUCCUACAUGUACAGGAUCAAUAUCAGACAGAAACAGCUCUCCCACAUACAUAGACAAAAGCAAGGACAGUGCUGGUGUUACUGUGACCUAACUGCUACACUACAGGCACAUUGUGUAGCCAGUGUGGGGCAACUGGCCUCGAACUCGGUGCUUGAAGGCCUGCAACUUCGUGACAAAUCACUUAGAUUUAUUUUUUUUCCAUUCUCAUUUGUACGGUAUAUCUGCUUGAUGGACAGUUUAUGGUUUUCAUUCUCAUUUUCUACAUCUGUGUUGAAGUCAAACCAUCAUCAUGAAAGAAGCGUGUCUUGUUGAGAAACAAAAAGUUUUCAUUUAGUAGUUUUGUGUUCCGUGUUAGCCCUGUUAUCACUGUUUCAGCUCCAAGCAAAGAUUGUAUGAACCUGCAGGAUAUUUUCUACAUCGUCGCUUUCAAUGCUGCUCUGAAACUCCUC